CUCAGGGACCACAGGCAGCAAUGCUGCGGCUGCUGGCGACCAGGGGCGCCGGGUUCUGCGUGCGUCCUGCAGGGGAGCCUGGCCACUCAAGGCACAGCCCGAGGUUCAGCCCCUGCCGCCAGGCUUCCGAUGUCCCCCGAAACCAGCCUCCCAGCCCCGAUUUGGUGGCUCGGCCGGUGGGCAUCAGCUCUAUGAUGCGCCUGCCGGUACAGGCCUCCCCCGAGGGGCUGGAUGCCGCCUUCGUCGGGGUGCCCCUGGACACUGGCACCUCCAACCGGCCGGGCGCUAGGUUCGGGCCCCGCUGCAUUCGGGAGGAAUCCGUGAUGCUGCGUGCGGUCAACCCUAGCACUGGCGCUGUCCCCUUCCAGUCUCUGUCGGUGGCCGAUCUGGGUGACGUGGGCAUCAACCUGUACAACCUUCGGGACAGCUGCCGGCUGAUCCGAGAGGCCUAUGAGAAGAUCGUCGCGGCUGACUGUGUCCCGCUGACCUUAGGUGGAGAUCACACAAUCACAUAUCCCAUAUUGCAAGCAAUGGCAGCAAAGCAUGGCCCUGUGGGACUGCUGCAUGUGGACGCCCACACGGACACGACUGACAAGGCUCUGGGGGAGACGCUCUAUCACGGGACGACCUUCCGCCGCGGCGUGGACGAGGGACUCCUGGACUGCAAGCGGGUGGUGCAGAUCGGCAUCCGAGGCUCUGCCGCCACCUUGGAUCCCUACCACUACAGCCGGAGCCAGGGCUUCCGGGUGGUCCUGGCUGAAGACUGCUGGUUCAAGUCGCUGGUCCCCCUGAUGGCAGAAGUCCGGGAGCAGGUGGGGGGCAAACCCCUGUACAUCAGCUUUGACAUCGAUGCCUUGGACCCCGCUUAUGCACCGGGGACAGGGACACCUGAAAUUGCUGGUCUCACCCCGAGUCAGGCUCUCGAGAUCAUCCGGGGCUGCCAGGGCCUGAACGUGGUGGGCUGUGACCUUGUGGAGGUUUCACCGCAGUACGAUGUUUCUGGGAACACGGCCCUCCUGGCGGCAAACCUGCUGUUUGAGAUGCUGUGCGCUCUCCCCAAAGUGAGAACUGCCUGAGUCUUCAAGAGACGCCUCGCUGCCCAGGUCUCCAGAACGUAAGGCCAGCAGCCUCGAGUAUGCAAGUUUAUGCCCACAAAGUUCUCUGCUGAAAGGGUCGCCGUGGCUGUGAGAUACAGACAUUUAGAACUGUAACCCAAACAGCCACUAUCUCUGAGCAGUUUGAAUGGACAUGAAAGGUUAAGCUCUGAUCCAAGUUCUGAGGUUUUUUUUUCCUUUGAUGAAAGAUGGUGGAGGAUACGGGGGAGGGGAUGGAGACUUCAAGGUUAUCUAAAAAUUGGAAAACUAAAAAACAUGCAAUAAUACUGUGAUUUUCCAUAUUUGUAUAGAAUCUUCUUUUAAAAUACAGCUCCGUCUCUAGAAGUUUAGGGGUGUGUACCUUAGUUUUAGGACUAUUGUAAUUAUAAAUGAAAAUUUAGAAAUUAAAAUACAUGCAAAUUCAAGGAGGAUGCCCAAAAUGUCUCUGAACUAGAAUCCACUUAGCUGAGCCCUUAAUGAAACUUCUAACCCAUUCUCUGUAAUACUGUUUUUGCAUUAGCUAUUUUGUGUGUGUAUGUGUGUGAGGUACUGGGGAUUGCAUCAAGGGCCUUUGAGCUAUAUCUCUGGCCCUGUUUUAACUUUUUUAAAAGACAGGGUCUUGGUAAAUUGUUAAAUGACCCAGGCUGGGCUUGGGGUUGAACUUGUGAUCCUCUUGCUUCAGCCUCCGAGAAUCCUGGAUUUGUUGUACACUAGCAAAAAGAGCUUGGUUAUAUUUGUAUUAUACCAAAAUACCUGUAAUGCGGCCUACUGUUCUAUAUGCAUGUUUCUUUUCCUCUGGGUGACCUAAUUGAUAUGUUAAUCAAUGCUCUCCACUAUAAAGAAUUGUAAAACCUAACCUAAUUGAUAUGUUAACCAUUGUUGCCCUCUACAAAUAACAGAUGUGGUGCUAAAAUAAGGUAACAGAAAGAUUGUUAAUUACUGCUAGACUCCUCUGUUCUCUGCUGAGGAAAACAAAGGUCUUCCUCAUUAACAGAUUUCCUGAUCCACGCCCAUAACCCUUACUUUUGUGAGCUGUGAUGUGUACAUAAAGGCGACACACAGCUUUUGCGAUGUCCAACUGCACUGUGUCGCUGGGCCCAGGAUAAAAUAAAUCAGCGCUGUUUUUUAAAAUAUGUUUUUGCCUCAUUUUUUGAACUUGAGUUUGGGGGCUCGUUUGUGGAUUACAAGAGAUUACUGGGUAAUGACUAGCACAUUAUUUGUUCUUUAAAGUGAGGAGCUCUCUGUGACAAGGGUUCCUGAAACCUGCAGUUGAAUUAUGCUGAUUAUGAGCAUGUGUUGAGUUACAUGUAAAUUCAAUUUUGUUGACAAUGUAUCUGUGAUAAAAUCUUUAUCUUGCAAUGCAAGAGCUACCGCAUAGUUACACACAUUAAAAUAGUUUAUUUGUUUCCAGUCUGUAAUAUUCUUAAAACAAAUAACAACUUCAGUGCCUGUUCACAAUACAAGAAACAAAACAAAACAAAAUCCCAAAACAAACAAAAAAAAGCAAACAAAAAACCCUGAAAAAAAAAAAACCCAAACCCAAAACAUAAAAAGAUACAAUUUGCCAAAUAAGUUAUUUGUUUCAAAGAGUAUCAAAAGUGCAAAA